CACUGCCACACCGCACCUUCAGAGCAAGCAAGCAUCACGAAUGGCUAGAUUCUCUUGACGUCGAAUGAGGAGCAAAACGCAGCUCAAGCUUGAGGCUGCACGCCGUCAGUCACAGUCAUGGUCACCUUUGAUCCGCCCUUGUGGCUGCAGGUGGGUGUGGUGGUGGUGGGGGAAUGCAUGCAGGCAUGGCCGCGGUGCUGUGCCAUUCAAGAUUAACACUCCAGACUCAUCCGCAGCGACAAGCUUGGAUCCUCGAACUGCUGCGCAAACAUCAACCAAGCUCGAUCGUCGAUAUCGGCUGCGGCGAAGGCACCCUGCUCUCCGCCCUUUGCCGACCACCGCUGCAACGAGACGUCUUUCCACUGCACCGUCUUCCCAGCCUGACUCGUGGCGCUUGUCCUCUGCCAUCGCACCACUGGAUCUACUCGGAUGCAGACCUGAGCUGCUUGACCUCGCUCAUCGGCGUCGACAUCGAUGCGCGCGCUCUCGCAGCCGCAAGGACAGCUAUAUUGGCUGCGCAAGGGUAUCGCCCCAUGCCUCGUUGGAUGCCCUUCACUGUUCACUUGCUACACGGCACCUUCGAGACGCUGGACCAUAGACUCGUCGGCUGCGAUGCCAUCGUCGCGACAGAAGUCAUCGAGCACCUCGCAGACAUCAGCAAAUUUGCGCCGAUCCUAUUGGGCAUGUACAAGCCCAAGUUGCUCAUCAUCACCACGCCAGACUACAAUUUCAAUCUCAACUUCCACCCCGAAUGGGAGAAUGCAACCUCUCAAGCAGGAGGCUUUCCUGAUCCUACAGGUCGAACUGACCGACGCUUCCGACACGACGAUCACAAAUUCGAAUGGACAUCACAGGAAUUCCAGCAUUACUGCGAGGGUGUGGCCUCUGAGCACGGUUACACCGUCAGCUUCGGCGGCGUGGGGUCCGUGGGGUUCCAUUCCAGUGAGGGCAUCACAUUCGCAACUCAAGGCGCUACGUUCGAGCGCAACGAUCAUUCCACCCUGCGAACCAGGCUACAGCACGGCGCGUCGAGCAUUGGCCCGUCCGAGCGUCAAUCGACUGCACCACAUUACGAAACAGGUCGCGACUUGGCGACCUUUUGGACGCGACACUUCGAUUCGCAUACCCAGCAAUCCAUCUGUCACGAGGAGCAAGAACCCCUUUGCGCGUAUCCUGAUAAAGUGGAAAAGUUGCGCGUCGUCAAGUCCGCAGUGUUGCAGUUCUGUGCCGAAGAGGCCGAAGCACCCGUCCUGAGCACAAAAGCUUCUCAUGCCACAGCAUCCCGUCUGCUUCUUUGGAGCGUAUGGAUUGACGACCACGUUCGCGAGCUGUGCGGAGGGCGAAUGGGUGUGCUCAUCGACGCGUUGCAGCUGCUCCCGUCGUCAGAACUCGGACGUCUGGAUUUUCAAUCACAGCCCAAUCACAUUGUGAUCGCCUCAGAUGGUGACCACUUGCAUCUGAUCAUCGCACCCUUGGGCGAAGGAGAUGAAGAAAAUUUCGACUUGUGGUUAUACUGCUCGGGGCCGGCUCAGACGCCUACAGCAGCGUCAGAGUGGACCUAUGGGACUGACUGAGCGGGAAUUGCUCUUGUCCACAUCACAGACGGAGUCUUCCAAUGUUCCAAUAGAGCAGAUUCCAAAAUGUACUGGCCUGCAUUGUGAAGCUCGCUGACACGCGUGCAAAUCACGAGCCUGAAAAAAUCAAUGCCUGACACAAAG